AUGGUGGAUCCUAACCGUAAAAUAAAUCGUCUAACCGACAGAGAUUUGGAAUUCCUGGAAGAAUGUGAACGUGAAUUUGGUUUGCGCUACUCAGAAGAAGAUGCUGAAUUUAUGGAGCAUUGUUCAAAGCCAUUACCCGAUCCACCGGUUGUAGACAAUUGGCAAUUUGGUGGUGGUGAUGGCGGUGGUAAUCGCAAUCACAAUCAACAUCGCGGUGGUGGUGGUAAUCGCAGUCAUAGAGGUUGGAGAGGUUCUGGAGAUCGUGGCGGUGGUCAUCAUCGUAAUUUUAGACACAGAAGAGGUGGACGCGGUGGAGGAGGACGUUAUCAGAAUGGCUAUGAGUCGCGGGAUCAUUCGCAACCAAGUUAUCGUCGAGAAAGAGACCAACCAUAUCCGCCACAACCACCAAUGAACGUUAGAAGAGAUUAUGGGAAUUUUGUGGCUGCUUCAAAAGAUUAA